AUGAUAGAAGCUCCACCGCCAAUAAGAGCUUCGAGUAAGCAAUUGGCUCAAUCAUUUAAGCUGGACCAUCCAGAAUGUCCUGUGGCCGAUGACAUUGGUUUGACUGUCACAGAUGCUGACAAUAGUACGGCCAUUCGUGAACCUCAGAAGAGCUUUACUGAGAAGCUACUAGAAGACUUUGAAUCCCCAACUUUCACAAAAGCUCUGGUAGCGAUAUUCAUAGUCAAUGCUCUACAAUUGAUCGUUUUCUUCACAUUCUUUCUCGUCAUUCAACCUACGAUUGUCAGAAAGAAGCUCGACAAAAACGAUAUACUUUUCAUUAUCGAUAAUAUGCCUGAUAGUUCUGUCGACUAUGGCUACUUCCUUAGUUUGAGUACCUUAUAA